CACCAGUCUCUCGUAAAGAGCAGACGGUCUCACUUUUAUCAGAUAUCACGAACCUCAGCAUUUAUUCUUCACAUUCAUCUUAAGGUGUAGGAUUCCGGAUCGAAAGGACUCAGAUCUUCCGGUUUAUUUUUAUUGGAUAUUUAUUUCUAAAUAAUUUACCGCAACGCUACCAAGGAAGGGCAGGCUGCAGAGAAUGUCGUUUAAAGAUUAUUUAAAUAUUUUUAGUGUCGUAUUUUUUUGCACUGCUAUUGUUUUAUGAGCAAGAUUCUGCAUGCAAUUAAAUAUAUCUCCACUGAAAUUAAUCUGCGUAAAGUCCGCUGAUCAGAACUGCGCACGUCAUCAAAUACCAUCACAGCCAUCAUCUUCAUCUUCAUCUUCAUCUGUCAGGAAAUCCUGCAGAGGACACAAGCAGAUCUCAGCAGUCAUCUGUCGUUCAGGUGAGUUCCAGCAGGUGUGCCGUGAAAAACGUUUACUACAGACGAGAAAGAUAACUGACUGCGCGUGCAAUGAUUUAUCUGAUGGACAUGAUGACUUUUCUCAUGGAUGGAGCAGCUCAGUCAGUGGCUCUGGAAGCAGGAAUACUGGCUUCCUCCGGGAAUCCACUGGGAGGAUAUGGAGAAGAUGGAGGGCUCUCGGCGUCCUCUCCCGCGGGAUCUGCUCCUGGCUCUGCCUCUAGCUCUGGGAUUCAUCAUGCUUCGUUACGCUUUUGAGAGACGUGUGGCAUUUCCUCUCAGCAGAGUUUUAGGAGUGAAAGAUCAAGUUCGGUUGAAAGUCGCUCAUGUCCCAACUUUAGAGGCAUUUUACACUAAAAACAGCAGACAGCCGACACAGAGUGAGAUCACCAGCCUGGUUAACCAGUGCCACCUGACUGUCAGACAAGUUCAGUGCUGGUUUCGUAAUCGCAGAAACCUGGACAGACCCAGCAACAGUAAGAAGUUCUGCGAGGCCAGCUGGAGGUUUGUGUUCUACCUGGUUGCUUUCACCGCGGGAUUGGUGUCUUUAAUUAGCACGCCCUGGUUCUGGGAUCAGAGAGAGUGCUGGAGAGGAUUUCCUCAACAGCCGGUUCAGGACACUCAUUACUGGUAUUACAUGCUUGAGCUGGGCUUCUACUGCUCUCUGCUGCUCUCUGUGUCUGUGGACGUCAAGAGAAAAGAUUUCAAAGAACAGAUCAUCCAUCACUUCGCCACUAUCUUCUUGCUGGGUUUCUCGUACUGCUCCAACUACAUUCGGAUCGGGACCCUGGUGAUGCUCGUCCACGACUCGUCUGACUUCCUGCUGGAGUCUGCCAAGAUGUUCAACUACGCCGGCUGGAAGAAAACGUGUGAUGCGUUGUUUGUGGUUUUUGCUGCUGUAUUCCUGGUUACACGUCUGGUUGUGUUUCCCAGCAAGAUCAUCUACACCACUCUGGUUUUGUCUAUGGAAGUGUUUGAGCCGUUUGUGGGAUAUUAUUUCUUCAAUGCUCUGCUGCUGCUGCUGCAGGCGCUGCACAUUUACUGGGCUUAUCUCAUCCUCAGAAUGAUCUACAAGUUUCUCUUCUUAGGGAAACUGGACAAGGACGAGCGCAGCGAUGUUGAGAGUGAACCAGAGGAGGAGGAGGAGAACAAAGAAGAGGAAGAUCGUUCUUCCUGGAGGAAGAGGAAGGUGGUUCUGGACUCCAGGCUGGCGAUGCUGGGCUCCAGCUGUGUCUUAAAUAACUUGACUAAUCAGAAAGCCGACGCAAACAGGAGACUGCCCAAAGCCAGAUAGCGACUCUGAGACGUGUUACUCCUUCAUCCCUGCUGAGAUGAUCAGAAACAGAGAAACAAGAACACACUUUACUCUCAUUUACUCCAGUAACUAGCUCAAGCUCUUAUGAGGGAGAGGCAGAUCAAGCAAUGUCUCUUUAUUUAGUCACAUCUCAAAAAUCACUACUAAAAGAGUAGAACUGAAUAGAAAUAAAUGCUGACGUGUGCAUUUAGCUCAUGAGUGCAAACCCAUAUCAGUAAUGUUCAGUCUGUAAUAAAUAGGCUAUAAAUAACCUUUGAAUGAAAAAUACUGAAAAUACUCUGUAUUUAUUGUAGACUUGUAUGAUGAAAAUAUUUGAAAUGAUUGAUUUGUUUUGUAAAUAUAGCUGUCGAUUUCAUUUUGAAUAUAUUUUAAUGUCCUCUGGUAGAAUUUAUGAAUAUAUUGGGAAUUAUC